UGACGUCUAUUUCAUCACUUCUUACUUUUCUUUGCGCGUACAAUGUUAUUUUCUUUAUCGUUCAGUGUUUUCUCCAACAUUCGGCGCUGCUGACCUGUGUUAUCAGGCCGACCGUGUGCAAAAGGACAAGGAGAGGACAGCCAACACAUACGCACGUACGCCACAUCUGUGGUAAAAUAUGGCGACGUUUCAAGUCUUCAUUGUCCUUUUGUGUCUGGGCGUUUUGCCAGAUGCAGCAGAAUCAUGCGGCGGCAACCUCAUAGCCCGGGAGACGGCACAGUUCCUGGCGUCCCCGAACUACCCCAACUACCCCUACACGGACAACCUGAACUGUCACUGGACCAUCCAGGCUCCGACUGACCACACCAUCCUAGCUCAGGUCACCGACAUGGACAUCGAGUAUGACGAAGGCUGCCCGUACGACUAUCUACGGUUCUUAGAAAACGGUGUUUACAGCACCAAAUACUGCGGCACCGGUAGCAUUCCGGCCUUCGAUACGUCAACCCCUCGCCUGGAUGUCUACUUCACCACCGAUAAUUCCGUACAAGCAAGGGGCUUCCAAAUCAGCUACAGGGCAGUCUCUGGCAUAGGAAGGAUCCGGCUUGCGGGAGGGUCUACUCCGAACAAGGGCCGAGUGGAGCUCCUGUCUGGCGGGUACUGGGGAACCAUCUGCGACGAUCUGUGGGACAUCAAUGACGCGCACGUCGUCUGUAGGAUGCUGGGAUACCACAGGGCACUGUCCGCGCAUGGAGAUGCCUUCUUUGGAGCAGGUACGGGAGACAUUGUUCUAGACGACGUGCAGUGCACAGGAACCGAGGAGACGAUAUUCCGGUGUCCGGCAGCCACCAGCUCUGACUGUACCCACUCAGAAGACGCAGGCGUCAUCUGCGACCCUUACAUCCGCCCAUGCGCUGACCUGCCAGACCCCGCCAACGGCCACGUGACGUAUGACCAGGCGUACGCCCUAUACCGCUGUGACCAUGGGUACGAGAUCUCAGGAACCCCCAAUCGGACCUGCACGGAAAACGGCACCUGGGUCGGCCCAGAACCGUCCUGUAAACGUGUGAGCUGCCCGUUGCCUGAUGACCUUCCCAACGGGUACUACACGUACACCGGGCUACUGUACAUGGACACCAUGACGUAUAGCUGCGAUCCCGGGUUCACCUACGGUCAUCCAGACAACAAGGUUACGUUUGUUUGCGGUCCCGACAGAAAGUGGGACUACACCACCCUGCCAACCUGCACAGCCCUGUGUGGUAACGGCGACCUCCUGACAGACGACAGCGGAGUUCUGUACAGCCCAGGUUUCCCCGGGAACUACCAGGACCGCCAGCGGUGCACGUGGGUGCUGAAGCCCAGGGACAACCACCUCACUCUCUUCCGGCUCAACUUCCUGCAGACGGAACACUUUUACGAUAAGCUAACUGUCUAUGAGGGCUCCAGUACCAGCGGUGACAUCAUUGUGACGUUGUCCGGGAGGUAUCCGCCCGAUGACGUGUUCUCGUCCAAGACGACAGACGAUGUUUUCGUUGUCUGGGAAACCGACGCCACGGUCACUGACAGGGGCUUCAACCUCACAUACUGGGCUUCUGACUGUCCCUUCCCUCCCUCCAUCUCUAACGGAGUCAGCAGCUUCUCCGGCCAGCUGGCAGGUGCCACCCUGCAGUACACCUGCAGCCCCGGACACCUGCUGAUCGGCGACGCCAACACCACCUGUGUGGAAGGCGUCGGCUGGUCCGCGCCGGUGCCAACCUGUCAAAUUGUCACCUGCCCCGCUCUGCCAUCUCCGAGCCAAUUGGUCGUCUCAGAUCACGUGUGCAUGACGUAUGGCUGCUCGGCCUCGUUCUCGUGCUCGGUAGGGUUCGAGCUGACGCCGGCCAGCCCCAGUCAGACGGUGUGCCAGGCAGACGGGACGUGGAGCGGUCAGGAGCCGGCUUGUCAGGUGAUCCACUGCCCCGCGCUGCAGCGCCCAGAGUACGGAAAGAUCCUUGGGAACGAGACUGCCUGGGGUUCCGUUAUUGGGUUCGAGUGUAAGUACGGCUUCAGCCAGGGCAGCGAAUUCCGGACCUGCGAGGGAGCAGGCACGUGGUCCGGAAAUGACGUCAUCUGUAAGGACCCAAUACAAUGCGAGUUUGAAGCAGACUUCUGCAGUUACGAACAAGACAGGUCGGACGACUUCGACUGGACAAGAAACAACAGAGAAACUACCUCACCAGGCACAGGCCCCAGUAGUGGGUAUGGGGACUUGGACUACUACUACGCGUACAUCGAGUCGUCUCCCCCGCACCGACCUGGUGACGUGGCCCGGCUCAUCAGCCAGGAGUUCGAACCGGAGGGCUGUCCUCUGCUGGAGUUCCACUACCACAUGUUCGGGGACAGCGUAGACACACUCAACGUGUACAUAGAGACUAGGACCAAUAAGCUGGUAAGAGAGCUGGUGUGGGCCAGGAAAGGAGACCAGGGAUCGGCCUGGCAGGAAGCACAGGUCUCGUUCCCUACAGAGGGGUAUCAUAAGGUGAUUUUCGAGGCGUUUGUGGGAGAUUCACACACGGGUGACAUCGCCAUAGACGCCGUGCGGCUGAUACAACAGGCGUGUGCAGAACCCACAACAGAUCACCCGACGACAGCGGAGCCGAACCCCACCUUUCCCCCGACAGAAUCGACCCCUAGCGUCACGACACAAACUGCAACUAAUUCAGGGAUGGCCAACGUAACCACCACUGCGCCUACAACCACCGCUGCACACCCCACUGUUAGUGUAGAGCCUGGAACAACUCUGAUGACCACAGUCGAUCCCACAACGAUCACUACUGACCAACCGCUGACCACACUGCCGGCCACUCUGGUGCCCUUAACAGACUGCAGGGUGGACCAGUACGUUACCGGUGGCGGCAUAGACAUCAUCAGCUCGCCUAACUACCCCGAACUCUACCCUCCCAACCUGGACUGUUGGUACGUCAUCACCACAGAUCCGGGGUACUCACUACAGGUCAACAUCCUCAACUUUGACCUGGCGGACAGCCCGAAUGACAACAACGUCACUUCCGGCGGAUGUACCGGUGAUUAUUUGGAAGUCCAUGCGCCGCUAGGAGCGCCGCCGUCUCAACGGUACUGCGGACAAGCGUUGUCUCCCGGCACGACAUUUACCUCCGACUCCACGUUCGCCCUGCACUUGGCGACGGACGGAGCGAGCGCCUCGGGAGGGUUCAGCGCUCUCAUCCGCAGUGUUCCCGCUUCGGCUUGA